AUGAAGAUUGACAUUCCUUGGUUUGAUGGCCAUUUACAUAUCGAAGACUUUCUAGAUUGGUUGUCCACAAUUGAAAAGUUCUUUGAGUGCAUGAAUGUUGUCGCUACCUCUCAAGUUCAGCUCGUUUCCUAUAAACUUAAAGGAGGUGUUGUUGCAUGGUGGGACCAAUUGCAAAAUCAUCAGCGUCGCUCUGGCAAACAACCAAUUCGUUCAUGGCCUAGAAUGAGACAACUCCUCCGUGCCCGUUUUCUCCAUCUGGACUACGAACAAACUCUCUACCAACAGUACCAACAAUGUCGUCAACAUAAACGUUCUGUGGCUGACUAUGCUUCUGAGUUUUAUCGUCUCAAUGCUCGAACAGAUUUGGUAGAGACCGAGCUACAACAAGUCACUUAUUUCUUAGGUGGCCUGCGUGAAAACAUUAAGUACCCACUAUCUUUGCACUCUAUUUGGUCUCUUUCUGAUGCAGUCAAUUUGGCAACCAAAGUGGAAACUCAACAAGUUCAUGCUCCCAUACACUCCUCUUUUUCAUGGCGGCCCACUUCUGAUGUUACUCCAUCUUCUGCCUCUGCUCCUCCUACAAAUAAACCUAGUUCUUCCUCUGCCCCACCGUCGCGACCACAACCACCACCUACAACUCCGGGUAAACAAUCUUUUCCCCGAUCUCAUAAUCCGUAUUCCCGUUCUGGCCCUGAUCGAUGUUAUCGCUGCCUUGAACCCGGACACCGUUCCAACGAGUGUCCUAAAUGCAGGACUGCCUUUGUGAUUGAUGAUUAUGACGGUGCGCAUGGAGAUGAUUUUUUUCAUGUUGAUGAUUCUGCUACUCUUUAUGAUGAUACUGAUUUUGCUGUCGGUGACGAGGGUGACCCAAUUGUGUGUAUUCUGGAAAAAAUUAUUUUGGCCUCUAAGCAAUCAUUGCCUAGCCAACGCAAUACUAUCUUUUGUACUCGGUGCACCAUCAACAACAAGGUGUGUGAUGUCAUUAUUGACAGUGGUAGUACAGAGAAUGUUGUAUCGAAAGCCUUGGUGAAAACUCUUGCUUUGCAAACUUCUCCACACCCGCAACCUUAUAAACUCGGUUGGAUUAAGUGUGGUAUUGAAGCUAAGGUCACCGAGCUUUGUCGUUUCUCAUUCUCUAUUGGCAAGAAUUAUCAUGACGAUGUUAGUUGUGAUAUGGUUGAGAUGGAUGCUUGCCACAUACUUUUGGGGAGACUGUGGCUUUUUGAUAGGGAUGUUUUACACAAGGGUCGAGACAACACAUAUGUGUUUCAUUGGAAAGGAAGGAAGAUUGCCCUUUUACCUUUUAUCCCAUCUUCACCGCUGCCAUCUACAUCCCCAAAGGUAGGGGCCACUCUUCUGAAUCUUCCCCACUAUAGACUAGCACCAAAGGAGCACGGCAUUUUACAACGUCUUGUUGAUGAUUUUCUUGCUAAGAAUCUAAUACGAGCUAGCUUAAGCCCUUGUGCUGUUCCCGCUUUAUUGGUCAUAAAAAAGGAUGGUUCGUGGCGAAUGUGUGUUGAUAGUCGUGCCAUCAACAAAAUUACUAUAAAGUAUCGCUUUACCAUUCCCCGUUUGGAAGAUAUGGUUGACAAACUGAUGGUUCGCGAGUAA